CAGAGUUGAUUUCACUCUUUUCUGAUCCAUCCCCCUUGGUAUAUCCUCAAUCAAAGCAAUGAACGACGACCACCAGACUUCUGCUCAACCAAACACCCUCAAGCGGGCUCUUUCUCAGUCUACUACUUCCUCCACCUCAUCAACCACCACCAACUCCCACGCUACGAAGGCUAGACAUCACAAAGCAAGCCGCCUGUCCAGCGUAAAACAGUUCCUCCGGUCGCGCUCCCACUCUCCGACCGCAGCUUCUAUCCCUUCGAAUCGCUCCUCUCCCUCAUCUAGCUUCGACAUUCCUCGAAGCAUUCCUGCAAACUCUACCCCUCCUCGCUCUGCGAGCCCCGUCUCCACCAUGUCUCCGAGCAGAGUCUCCACCGACGACAGCGCGACCAACAAGCGUGUACAUUCCACACACAUGCGCAGAAGCGGCCACGACUACCGUCGUUACAGCGGCACAGUGAACCACUACGGCCGUCACUCGAAUGACUGGCUGUUUGGAGGCUUCAGUCUGCGGGAUACCGUACGAGAUGGAGUGGAUCGUCUGAGACACCAUCAUGCCAAGGAUUGAGCCUACAAUAAUUUUCACGCUUAUAUCUUGUGGAUUUAUUCCAUUCCUGGGUAUCUUUGCGGUUCUUCUAUUGCAACAGAUGAUUUUCUCCGGUCGCAUUAGUGGCCCUCCACCAUCAGGCUUUCAGCGCUUCAGAAAUCGCUCCGCCGUUUGUUUGAGGAGCAAAUUGGGGCCAGUCUGGCAACAGAGUGCCAGCCAAUUUCUUGAGAGUUUCAAGCAUGAAAAGGGAAUCCCUACGCGUCGAGUCAAAUACUCAUGCGUCAUGCUUGGGUGAUUUCGCUUCGGCACAAAAGGCCGUUGCAUCGAUCCCAUCGGAUCAGCACGAGAACGCCACGCGCGUCUGUUCUGUUCUGAUCGAUCCGAACUGGAUCUACUUUAUGACAUGUUACGAACAUAUACCCGCUAUGCUAUUUGUUUGAUUCCAAUCAUAUCACUUCCAUAGUGUUCAUGCAAUCUCACACAUUACG